AUCCUCAUCCAGGACAUCUACAGGGAGGGGUAAUCGCCCGGGACGGACGCCUGCUGCCCGGAGACAUGAUCCUCAAGGUGAAUGGCAUAGACAUCAGCAAUGUGCCCCACUGCUACGCCCUGGCCACACUCAAACAGCCUUGCCAGCUGCUGCGACUCACAGUGCUGAGAGAGCAGCGCCACCGUUACCGCUCACACUCGGGGCACCACGGGCACCCUCACGACGCAGCCGGGGGCUACCCGCCUCAUGGCCUCCCCCAUGGCCAGCCCUUGAGGGACGACAGCAUCCACGUGGUCCUGGCUAAGAGCACCCCAGAGGAGCAGCUGGGCAUCAAGCUGGUGAGACGACCAGAGGAACAUGGAGUCUUUAUCUUCCACCUGCUGGAGGGCGGCCUGGCGGAACAUGACGGGCAGCUCAGCGUCAACGACCGCAUCCUCGCCAUCAACGGACACGACCUGCACUACGGAGCACCAGAACAUGCCGCUUUACUCAUCCAGGUAAGUCUGCAGGGGUUAGAGGUUAGGGAGCAGUGGUAGGUUGUGGUUUACAAUGGUUGGUAAUGGUAUGUAUUUCUUGGCUCUGGGUCCUGUGAUAUUAUGGCUAAUAGUGGCGUGUAGUUCUGGUUAAUUGCACUCUGUUGGCUGGCUUUGUCCCUGUCCAUUGCGGUUAAUUGUGGUUAAUUGUUGUGUGUCUGUGGUCGACUGGGUGCUGCUCUACUGCUUGGCUGAGGCUCUGCUUCCUGGUGGAUGCUAGGUAAUUGCAGUGGUGUGUUUCUGGUUGACUGUGGGAUGUAGCUGUAGCUGUGCUCUCUGGGUUUUUGUCUGAGGAGACUGGUUUGCUCUUGGGGUUCUCUGAGGACCCAACAUGGCACACAGCAGACUGUUGUUGUCAGAGAUUAAGAACUGGCUGGAAA